CCAACCCAUGACCUCCUUAUUUUAAUUCUCCAUUAUUUUUUUUUCUUUCUUUUAUCUUUUCUCUAUAAAUAAAAGUCUUCUUUUCGUAAUUCCCAUAUUCAGUAGUAGAACCACUGAACCGAAGCAAUGGCUACGCAACUUUCCGACCGCCUCGAGCCAUGGCACACCCUCGCCGGAAAAGUCGUAAUGGUCACCGGCGCCUCCUCCGGCCUCGGCCGCGACUUCUGCCUCGACCUCGGUCGGGCUGGCUGUCGGGUCGUCGUGGCGGCCCGCAGAGUCGACCGCCUCGAGUCCCUGUGCGACGAAAUUAACAGCAUGGCCGCCGGAGACGGUGGCCGAAGCCGCCGCGCCGUCGCCGUUGAACUCGAUGUCGCUGCCGAUGACCCCGCCGUCGACAAAUACGUGCAGAAGGCGUGGGAGGCGUUUGGUCACAUUGAUGCUCUUAUCAACAACGCUGGUGUCAGAGGGAAUGUCAAAUCACCUUUGGAAUUGUCUGAGGAGGAAUGGAACCAUGCGUUCAGAACAAACUUAACUGGGACAUGGUUGGUCUCAAAAUAUGUAUGCAAACGCAUGCGUGAUGCACAAAGAAAAGGAUCAAUCAUUAAUAUUGCUUCAAUUGCUGGUUUGAACCGUGGUCAAUUGCCUGGAGGUGCUGCAUAUUCAUCCUCAAAAGCAGGCGUCAAUAUGCUAACAAGGGUCAUGGCAUUAGAAUUGGGGGCACACAAAAUCAGAGUGAAUUCCAUAUCACCUGGACUUUUCAAAUCUGAAAUCACUGAAAAACUAAUGGAGAAAAAUUGGUUGAAUAAUGUGGCCAUGAAAACAGUACCCUUGAGAAAAUUUGGCACUUCUGAUCCAGCAUUAACAUCGCUGGCUCGUUAUUUAAUUCACGAUUCUUCUGAGUAUGUGUCAGGCAACAAUUUUGUUGUGGAUGCUGGAGCCACCUUACCAGGUGUGCCUAUUUAUUCCUCCCUAUAAACAAAGAAUAAAUUCUGCUCUAUCCGGUGUUGGACUUGAGCUAAACAAUUUUUUUAUAUGGUAAAAUAUUGAGGAGUAUAGCAUUAUGUUGAUUUACCAGUCGAUAUAAAAAAUUGUGGUUACUUCCCAUCCAACUAUAAAAUUAACGUAAUCGAAAUACUUCUCUUUUUUGUAUUGAGUAUGUGUGCAGUAAUUGAACCCAAAUAAAUUUAGGAUUGUUUGUUGGGAGAGGUGUCCACCUUUUUUUCCCCGUGAUAUCUUGAACAGAAUUGUCUUUAAAGAAAAAUAUUUGUGAGAAACUAUAUAUAUAUAUAUAUAUAUAUAUAUAUAUAUAAAGCUUUUGGCAGCACAUGAUAUUGUCCAGUUGAAAAGCUACUAGAACUUUACUACAAUAAUUCCCUUUCCCAAAAGCAUAAAAGACGAAGGCAUGCCAUGAACUUUACUACUCUAGAAACCUUUCGGAAAUCUUCUGUGGAAACCUCAGAUGCUUGCUUCUCCUUUGGUGAUGUGCUCCUCAAUACCCACAAAGAGUGACAUGACAUAAGCUGUAAUACAGAGAAAUGAGGAAAUAUAUUACUACUUAAUCAUUGCAGUCCUUACCAAGAUUGUGAAUUGUUGUACAAGUUUAUGACAGCAACAAAUAAAAUUUUUUGCUUUGUAA